CCAUCUAGCCGCGCAUCCAGCUCCAGAGCCCCGCCAGGAUGAUUCGCCGCCGCACCGACAACCUUCACUUCACUUUCACUCCUCUCCUUUAACAGAGCCCCUUCCUUCACCCAUGCGCUGCCUCUCUCCUGAGAUGCGACACCGCUGCCUCAUUUCCCGGACGAUACCUUCAUCUUGCGUCGCUCCUCGCUGAUAGAGAGCAUGCCCGACGCGGGGACGGGAGGCGCUGCGGCCGCCGAGGGUGCGACCACCUCCGGCGACGGCUCCGAGAGCUCCCGCCACCGACACCGAGCGCAGCAGGGGGACUUGGAGAGGCCGGAGCCGGGUUCUGCCCCGCAACAGAGCUCCUCGGGAGUCCUGGAUAAGUUGUUUGGGAAGCGUCUGCUGCAGGCUGGGAGACACAUCCUGUCUCACAAGUCUUGGAUGAAAACGGUGCCCACGGAGAACUGUGAUGUCCUCAUGACGUUUGCAGACACUACAGAUGACCACACGUUGCUAUGGCUACUAAACCACAUCCGGCUAGGAAUCCCAGAGCUCAUCAUCCAAAUCCGGCAUCAUAAGCACACCAGAGUCUACGCAUUCUUCAUCACUGCUACGUAUGAAAAUUUGCUGCGAGGUGCAGAGGAGAUGGGCCUGAGGAAAGGGGUGAAGCCGGAGUUUGGUGGAGGAGCACGGAGCUUCUCCUGCGAAGAGGACUACAUCUACGAGAACAUUGAGAGUGAGCUGUGCUUCUUCACCUCACAGGAAAGACAAACCAUCAUCAAAUACUGGCUGGACAAUCUACGUGCCAAGCAUGGCGAGGUUCUUCAUAAUAUCAGCUUCCUGGAGGGCCAGCCAAUCAUCCCAGAGCUGAGAGCCAGAGGAGUGAUCCAGCAGGUGUUUCCUCUCCAUGAGCAGAGGAUCCUCAACCAUCUGAUGAAGUCCUGGGUCCAGGCGGUCUGCGAGAAGCAGCCGCUAGACGACAUCUGUGACUACUUUGGGGUGAAGAUAGCGAUGUAUUUCGCCUGGCUGGGUUUCUACACCACCUCCAUGUUGUAUCCUGCUGUGAUCGGCUUUGUGCUGUGGAUGCUCACAGAGUCGGAUCAGACGAGCCGUGACAUCUGCUGCGUGGUGUUUGCGCUGUUCAACGUGGUGUGGGCCACCCUGUUCCUGGAGCGGUGGAAGAGGAGGGGAGCCGAGCUGGCGUACAAAUGGGGAACGCUGGACACGCCCUCCAAAUCACUGGAGGAGCCGCGGCCUCAGUUUCGGGGAGUGAAGCGCUGCAGCCCCGUAACGGGAUGUGAGGAGUUUUACUACCCGCCGUGGCGCAGGCGUGUGUUCAGGUGGCUGGUCAGCCUGCCCAUCUGUAUCCUGUGCCUCUGCUUUGUCUUCCUCGUCAUGCUCAUCUGCUUUGAGCUGCAGGAGUUUGUGAUGGGGAUCAAGGAAAUGCCACGCCUGGCUCGCUUUAUCCCUACAAUCAUGCUUGCUAUCACUGUGAGUGCAUGUGACGAGGUGUACAGGAAAAUCGCCUGCUGGCUCAACGACAUGGAAAACUACAGACUCCAGAGUGCCUAUGAGAAAAAUCUCAUCAUCAAAAUGGUUCUUUUUCAGUUUGUAAAUUCUUAUCUCAGCCUUUUUUACAUUGGAUUCUACCUCAAAGACAUGGAGCGUCUGAAGGAGAUGCUGCUGGUGUUGUCUCUGUUACGAAGUCUGCAGCGGCAGGUCCGGGAAAAUCUGCUGCCUUACGUCCUCUUCAAGAUCCAGAUGGUUGUGGUCUCAGUGCCCUGGUUCUUCAGGGCUUUGCUCAAGUCUAAAAUGUUGGCCACUCUGCUCAUCAUCCGCCAAUUCCUUCAGAACGUGAAGGAGGUUCUGCAGCCUUACCUGUACGAGCGCCAUAAGCUGGGGGAGCUGUCAAUGAGAGCCGUGUGGGACCUGGUGUUCUCCGUGUUGCUCAAAUACGCCCGGCUGGCGGCCGGGAAGGUCCAGGCCUUGCCAACGGACCCGGCCGUGCCUGGACCCGGACUGAGGGGCACGAGACCUGGAGUGGGGAAUACAGAACGAAGGGAGAAGAAGUGUUUGAACGGCGGCUGUGGAGUGCCUGAUGAGGAGGAGGGAGGAGAGCGGGACGAGGCUGAUAGCGGGAGGUUCAGCGAAGGAGAGACGGAGGAGGAGAACGUGAUAGACUGUGGCCUGAAGCUGAGGAAAGUCAGCUUUAUAGAGAAGGUGGACAGAAGGCCGGCCUGUGGUGGAGCCCCCAUGGAAAACAGCUUCCUGGAGGAAGGGAGCCCCACCAUGGUGGAGAAAGGAAUGGACCCGGCCUCUGUGUUUGAAAUGUGCGAUGACGACGACGAUAAUGGAAUCCAUGAUGUGAAGGACUCGGGAGGGGGUGGCGCCGAGGGGCUCAGUGCUGCCGCUGCAGCCGUUGGAGGCAGCGCCGCCUUGCCACCGUCUGCCUCAGACGGCGCCGCGUCACUGCGUCACAGAAGAAGAGGCCAGAGCGUAGAGAGGACAGAGCCUAAAACCAAACGGGAGUCAUGGAUGGAUCCUCCGGAGGAGACGGAGAGCAUAACGCUAACUCAGGCUGAGAUGGAGAGCUGCAUGCAGACCUACGCUGACACCUUCCAGGACUACCAGGAGAUGUUUGUCCAGUUUGGCUACGUGGUUCUCUUCUCCUCUGCCUUUCCUCUGGCGGCCAUGUGUGCGCUCAUCAACAACAUCAUUGAGAUCCGCAGCGAUGCCUUUAAGCUGUGCACCGGGCUGCAGAGGCCGUUCGGACUCCGAGUGGAGAGCAUUGGCCAGUGGCAGACGGCGAUGGAAGCCAUGGGCCUGAUUGCCAUCAUAGUGAACUGUUACCUGAUUGGUCAGUGCGGUCAGCUGCAGCGGCUCUUCCCGUGGCUCAGUCCGGAGAUGGCCAUCAUCUCUAUUGUCAUCCUGGAGCACUUUGCGAUCCUCCUGAAGUACAUCAUCCAUGUGGCCAUUCCUGACAUUCCUACAUGGGUCAUGGAGGAGAUGGCGAAACUGGAUUACCAGCGAAGGGAGGCUUUUAAGAAGCAUGAGCGGCAGGCACAGCAGCAUUACCAGCAGUUGCAAAGGAGGAAGAGGGAGGAAGAGGAGAGGCAAAGGCAGGCGGAGCAUAUGGCGCGCAGGGAGAGGGAGCGGGAUGACAGCAAAGGUGACCCGUCUGGGGAUCACCACCAUGACAAAAUUCACGGGAGCAAAUCUCGCUCUGGAGGCAGUGGAGGAGGCGGGGCCAGCGGUUCUGACAAACCCAAGAGGCCCAGCUCCCUGCUGGGCAACAACAACGUGAUGAAGCUGAAGCAGAUCAUCCCACUGCAGAGUAAGUUCUCCUCCAGCGGCGCGCGUUCCCCGCAGUCGCCCACCGGCAGCGAGCCAAAACUCCCCGGGUUCCUCAGCUUCAAGUUCCUCAAGUCACCCGAGAACAAGAAGGAAGGAGCCGCCGCUGCUGCCGCUGCUGCCGCAUCUGCUGCAGCCAGCACCAACACAGCCGCAGCAUCAUCAUCAUCAUCCUCAUCAAGUAGCAGCUCUCAGGAGCGUUCUCAGUCACCCAGUAAGGCCUUCAACCCUGGAAAACUGUUUAACUUUGGGAAAUCCGAAGGGGGAGCGUGUGUGAACGGGGCUCCGCCGCCCAGACCCGGAGACGGAAUGUCGUCGGAAAGACAAGCCUCCCGCUCUGACUUGAACGGUGUUCCCGACGAGAUCCCUUCUCCUCCGGGGGAGGGAUCUGAGAACGGACAUGCUGCAGAUUUGGACCUGGCCAGUUCAAAAAUCUAGCAGCUCUGGAAGAGGAAAACUACAUAUCAGCCGGAGUUGAUGUGCUUUACUGUGAGAAAAGGCCCGAAAAGUUCCUGUUUGUGUAGAGGGAAGCAAACAGGAAAAGAUGAAUCCGACGGAAGAUGACUGUUGUUCCGGUCAGGUUUCUUGCAGAGAGACAAAAAUAAUCUGGCUUUGUACGACAGACACAAGUCCUUCUGUCAUGACCGACUAAAUCACACUCACUCAAAUUCUUCCUUGUCUGCAAUACGUAAAGAAAUGCAUGAGCUGCAUUUCGACUAUUUUAAGCCUUUAAAGCAGAGAGCUAUGUUUCCUGAUUUCCUUUAGUCAGAAAUUGUAAGGAUCUUGGUGGCCUCACGCGGAAAAAAAUAAACAAAUAAUAAGCCAGUUGUGAAAGGAUAGGGGUUAAAAACAAACAUGGAAAGAUUUCCAGACUUCAUCCUUCCCAACACAAGUAGAUAUUUUAUCUUUCUUUUUUUUAUUGUGAUUAAUUUUUGGGCCCUUCUCUUUUGUAAUAAAUAGAAAAGCAAUAUCAGUCAGUGUUUUAAUGAUUCUCAGCAGUCACAGCAUAAAUCACCAGCUUUAUUUUGAAAGCAGAGGUGAUGUCUGAGUGUUCAGUUUCCUUCCCUUUCUGUAACAGAUUUAAAAAAUCACAAAGUAAAGAGCUUAGUAAUUCAAAUCACCUGUACCGACAUUUUCCCCAGGAGAAAUUUAGAGGCAGCGGCUGAAGGUGAUGUUUGGGAAAGUGGAGCAUGGAUGAUGCCUGUAGUGAGCCGGGUAAACACAGAUGGCGCUCCGUUUCACACACUCCAAUCUGACUGGAGUGUGUGAGGAGGUAAAGAGAAGAAAGUUGCACUAAACCCCAACGAGAAGCUUGAUUCCAGUCUGAUUCAUUACAUUACAGUAUGUUACACAAAAUCUUUUUGUUUUUAGUAUCCACUGCUCCCUCCACACUUAUUCUCUCUUGAUGUGAUGAAGCUUUGAAAUGAAUUAAUCUUUCCCUAAAGCUGAAUAAUCCCACAGUAAAAGCUAUAGAAAAAAGACUAAUCUUAGAUAUCUCCUAUGAAGAAGAAAACGUUUUGAUCUCCUCAGCGCCCCCUGCAGGCUUUCAGUAGCACUUAGCUCGUCUUCUGACACGUCCAGUUCCCUGCAGAAAUCACAAAAUGUUUGUUGUAUUUUAAUGUUCAUGACACAAUCUAGCAAAGUUCGCAAGGCUAUUAGAUGUAAAACGGACCCACAGCAUCACAGAUCCUCCACUGUAUCUAAUAGUAUUCAUUCUUUGUUUCAAGAACUAGAAUGUUUGCUGCCAAAAAGGCUAAAAAGACAGGAAAAGUAUUUUUUCCUCCAUAAUUUCUGUUCUUAGACUUGAUGAUCGUAAGAUGCAGUUUACUAAAUGAGCUUUGGAGAUUUUUGUUUAAAUUUUUGCCUCCAUUACCUUUGUCGUCUCUUUGAACAGUGGCAAGAUUAACUUGGAUCCUCCACCUGCCCCUAUAACUAAGAGGAAAAAGAUCUUUGUGUCACACCAUAUUAAUACCCCAGGGAAACAAAAGUCCAAAAACAUUAAAAACUACAAAGUAGAAAUCAUUCAUAUUUUAUUACUGAUGUCUAUCAGUGAGAUUUUAGUAUUUUUCUCAGUAAACUACUGGAAUAAAAGAUAAAUAAUUUUUAUUUUAAGGCUUUUUUUACACUUUGUCAAUAAGUGUGGAGGGAGACGUUUUAUUUUAUCUCUGCUCUUAGCAGUUCUGAUUGUUAAACACUGACCAUACAUUUUGUUUUUACAGUACAGUACCAGUUUUUUCCAUUCACUUUAUUACUUGCAUCUUUUACAAUUUUUUCAACUACAUGUAGUAUUUUUCAGGUUGAUUUUUAAUUUGAGAUGUAUAGUAUUCUACAAUAGAUUUAGACACUAAAGAGAGAAAGGAGAAAAUUGUUAAAACAAAAAAGUAAAGAUGUAUUCCCUGAUCUUGUUGGAGUGUUAUGCCUCAGUUGCCAUUUUAUUUUGUUUACAGAACCCUAAAAUUUGAAAACAGGCUUUUAAGAAAGCUUUUGCAAACUACUCUAUUAUCAUUUAUAUAAUCUGUUCAGUUAACUUUAUGUAAACUCAUCAUUAUACAAAAAGUAAGUCAUUAUGUCAUGAUUUCCAGAAGGUGGUGCAAGCUUAUAAAAAUAAACAUUUACCCAUAAAACCAUUCUGUGGGCAUCAGGAUGCAGCAGCAGCACAGGUUUAGAGGGAAAUGCUUGGUGGAGUCAUUACACUGUAAAACACACAUUUUACAUGUUUCAGGUGCCACUGAACUGUCCUGUGGGUUAACAGAUGGAAACAUUAACUAUGCAUUUACACACUUUCACCUCCAACAAGCACUUUGGCAAUAACACUGAGCGGAAGCAGAUACUGUAGAUCGACAUUGAGCAGCACAUCUAUAUCCGCCUUUCUUCAGUUCUCUUUUUUUUUAUUUAUUUAUGGAGAAUCUUCACUGAACCUGUUGAAAUAAUGUCUUAUUGUUGCCUCUGCCUUGUCAGACCAGUUUGAAAUGAAUAAAUAAAAAAAGAUUUAAUGCAAUACAGAAAAAAAAAUCACAAGAGGGUAAACCAUGUUGCAGCAUCAGUAUAAGCGUGUUCUCUUUAACUUCUCUGGACGCUGUUUGUUAUAAAUGUAAAAUAGGAAUUCCCGGGAUGAGAGGAAUAUAUUGUCUUUGUGUGUGUUGUUAAAAGGCUGGGACGUGAAUUAAUAAAGGAAAUCGGUGGAACGACAUAAACAAGAUGUAGAUGUUACAAUGUAGCUGAGCUCAGUCUUAUUAAAAAAAACCCUCCCAGUUUGCUGCAUUUGGAUUUCAGGGAUGAAGAACAUCAUGAUGCAUUUGAGUCCCUUCGUCAUCAUCAUCUGUACACGUGUUUUAGCAGAAGGCUGGGAUCGGGCUGUUUGCUGAAGCUGUUAAGUUUUUAUGUACAGUUCCACCUUUUCCUGUUCAAGCAACAAAUAGCAAAAUAAUUUCUUUUCAUCAUAAACUCAAGGCAGCUGGAAAUUUAGAACAGAUGAGGGAUUUUGAUGAGCCUGAGUCACAGAAGCUGGCUUUGAUCGGGUCGAGCCGUGACGUCCCUCAAAGGAAGCCUCUUCCUCUUUAACAGGAAAUCAGUGCGAUUGAACCAAGUGGAUUUAUCAAACGCGUCACCUUCUGGAAUUUGAGUCAGAUGUGAACGGGUGAGGUUCUCAACACAGCUUCAUUAAAACCCGACCUUAACCUCAAAAGCCAGAUGUUUUCAUCACAGCCUCACUGACACGACAUUAAACGCUCUUCCAAUGUACAAAAGAGAAAAAACAAAACGCUCUUUUAAAGAAAAAGACUGGGAAAUGGGAUUAUUUAUUUCUGUUAAUUUAUUUUGUCAUAUUUUUGUAAAAUCUGAAAAGAAUAGUUAAUAAAACUCUUUUCAAAUGCA